CGGAGCCUCCCAGGUGCCGUGCCUGCUACCCCGAGCGAGUGAGCGAGUGAGCGAAGCCAUGAGCUGGACCUGCCCGCGCUGUCAACAGCCCGUGUACUUCGCCGAGAAGGUGACCUCCCUGGGCAAGAACUGGCACCGCUUCUGCCUGAAAUGUGAGCACUGCCACAGUAUCCUGUCCCCGGGUGGGCAUGCAGAGCACAACGGGAGGCCAUACUGCCACAAGCCAUGCUAUGGGGCUCUUUUCGGACCCAGGGGGGUGAACAUCGGUGGUGUGGGCUCCUACCUCUACAAUCCCCCCACUCCCACCCCUGCCAGUGUCACACCCCUAACCCCCAGCAGCUUCAGCCCCCCUAGGCCAAGGACCGGCCUCCCGCAUGGCAAGAAAAGCCCCCCCCACAUGAAGACAUUCACUGGGGAGACCUCACUGUGCCCUGGCUGUGGGGAGCCCGUCUAUUUUGCUGAGAAGGUGAUGUCUUUGGGCAGAAACUGGCACCGACCCUGCCUGAGGUGCCAGCGCUGCCGGAAGACCCUGACUGCCGGGAGGCAUGCUGAGCACGACGGUGUCCCCUACUGUCACAUCCCCUGCUACGGCUACCUGUUUGGUCCUAAAGGUGUGAACAUUGGCGAUGUGGGCUGCUACAUCUACGACCCUGUGGAUGAAAAGUCCAAAUGAGCUGCUUGCCCUCACUUGGGUUUCUACCCCAGUCCCUCGGUGCUCCAGCAGGAGCAACAGAACUCUCCAGUCCCAUGGCCUAGGAUGGGGCAUUGGGAAGCAGGGUCCCAGACACCUGGGCUUAGGGAGACAAAGAAGUGCAGACUUUUCUCUACUAAUCCUUACCUUUCCCAUUCCUGUCUGGAUAGAGGACACAGGCCACCCCGUUGUGGAGGGUUUCCCUCAUGGCCUUGCCCAGUGUCUUUCUUAGUAACUCCUGGAACUUCAGAGUCCUCACAACACUGGGUUUAUUGCAUUAUGUCUUCUCCAAUAAAGUGUUAAGUCCCAGGUCUUCAAGUCUGCUUUGGGCUAGGGUUGGGGGAGACGUUGCCUGCAGAGUGCCUGGGAGUAAGCAGGGCUGACCAUGGAACCCCAGCAGUUCAUUCGCCUUGCCCUUGGGUAGUC